UGGCCGGGAGAGGGAUGGAGCUGGCUUCUGGGCGUUGCCCGGUCUGUAAGGGGGCGAGGCUUCCCAAGAAGUGGAGGCCGGCCACGUCCCGCUCGCGUGGGUGAACAGCCUCCCCGCCGUAGCGGUCCUCAGGGCGUCCAGACAUGUCCGAGGUGAAGAGUAGGAAGAAGCCGGGGCCUAAGGGAGCCCCUGCAGAGCCCGUGAAACUGGGUGAGGGCAGGAAGAGCCCCGAGGCCCAAGGGAGCGGCUGGGCGGACCCGAGGACCGGCCUGAGCCUGCUGUCGCUGGGGACGUGCUUAGGCCUGGCCUGGUUUGUAUUUCAACAGUCAGAAAAAUUUGCAGAGGUAGAAAACAAAUACCAGUUACUGAAAAUGGAAAGCAAGGAGUUCCAAGGACUUCAAAGUGAAAUCAGUUUAAUUUCAGAAAAGCUUGAGUCUACUGAAAGUAUCCUGCAGGAAGCUACGUCAUCCAUGUCUUUGAUGACCCAGUUUGAACAGGAAGUAUCCGGCCUCCAAAGAUUCAUGCAUGACAUUCAAAACAGUGAAGAGAUGCUCACUCAAAAGAUGCAAAAGCUUAAUGAGAAAUUCCAAAAUAUUACAGAUUUCUGGAAGAGAAGCCUAGCAGAAAUGAAUGAUAAUACAGACAUUUUCAAAUCAGAAGCAAAACAUAUACAUUCUCAAGUUACUGUCCAAAUUAACUCAGCUGAGCAAGAAAUAAAAUUACUCACUGAACGGCUAAAAGAGUUGGAAGAUAGCACACUACGAAAUAUUAGAACAGUAAAAAGACAAGAAGAAGAGGAUCUUCUGAGAGUAGAAGAGCAGCUUAGCUCUGAUACAAAAACAGUUGAGAAGUUAGAAGAGGAACAGCAUGCUCUCCUUGCCAGAGAUGAAGAUCUGACUAAUAAACUUUCCAGCUAUGAACCCAAAGUUGAAGAAUGCAAGACUCAUUUGCCAACAAUUGAAAGUGCUGUUCUCUCUGUUCUCAGAGUCUCUCAGGAUCUGAUAGGAACAGAAAAGAAAAUGGAAGACCUCACUAUGCAGAUGUUUAAUAUGGAAGAUGAUAUGUUGAAAGCUGUAUCUGAAAUAAUGGAGAUGCAGAAAACCCUUGAAGGACUUCAGUAUGAUAAUAGCCUCUUAAAGAUGCAAAAUGAACUGAAUGUUCUGAAAGGAAAAGUUCAUGAUAUUAUAACAUAUUCCAGUACAAGAGAAAAGGGAACUUUAGAAGAAUAUAAGCUAGAAAAUAAAGGAAUCGAUGAUUUUUAAAAAAAUCACUGCAUGUAUUCUGAUGAAUCAUUCAACUAUGCAUAAAUCAAUUAGUUCCGUGGUUUUUGAGUUAUAGUGUUAUGCCUCACUUUAUUGGAAAAAUGAGAAGUCCACACAAUGGAUUUAUCCACAUAAUCAAAGCUUACCUUUUUAAGGUCUAAACCUCACUUUAACCAUUUUAAAUAUAAUUAAAUAUAAUUAAUUCUAAAGUUUAUAUUUAUCUGUCUUUAAGGUGAUAUACUCAGUUUUUUAAAUGUUUUCCCAUUAGUUGAUGAACAUCAAUAUGAAUUUCACCUAUUAUAUUGGAUCCAAAUAUUUUGCUAUAUCUGGGUACUAUUGAAGAAUUUUUACAAUUCACUGAAUGACCCAAAUUUGCUAUUUUUCAAACCUGUGUUUUCCUUACAUCUUUUCCAUCACCUGAUCUUGCUCAGGUUGGGUAGUAACAAGUCUGCCUCAGUCAGUUCUUCACUUUCCUAUGUUAAUUCACUGCAGGCUAAGAGUCCAGACAGUCAAGUCCAUAGGAAUUUUGUAGGGGCUGGGGAUAAAGCUCAGUUGCUAGAGUGGUUGCCUCACAUGAGGCCCUGGGUUCAAACCCCAGCACCACAAAAAGGAAAAAGAAAAGGAGGAAUUUUAUCUAAAAUAAAGGAUAAUGUGCCUGAAGAUGAGCCUGGGACUUUUCUGUGAAUUAAUAUGCACUCUCUGAAAACUAUAAAACCUAGGAAAUAUUUUACUUUUUGUUAAGGUUCUAAACUAUGUUACAAAUACUUGCAAGAAUUUUUAAAUUGAAUAAAUUCUUACUUAAGGCCUUUCUUAUUACUUGUGUAUGCUUCAAAGUAUGAACUUACAGAAUAUCUUUGUAUACUAGAUUUUUUUAAGGUUCUGUGUUAGACUCUUGAGUUUGCUAGAUACCUGAUCUCCAAAUAAAUUGGUCUAGUUACAAUAAAAAUACCCAUUAAGCCUGUGGCUUAUUUUAAGUGGCAACAUAAUGAUAAAUAAUGAUAAUUAUGAUGACUAAAAGUAUGUCAUUAAGGAUUCCCCAAACUUUUGGGACUAAAUUUAUUUUACUUAUUGACUUUAUUUUAUCUAAAAUUAUUUAAUGUAGCCAAUUACAUCAUAUAUUUGCAUUGGAAGUUCUGUUCUUAUUUCUUUUUGCCAGUAACUAUCUCAGUUUUAUAGUACAGUUUCAGUGGAAUUAGACACAAACUUUUUUCAACAAAAACUUAAAGCAGUUCCUAAAGGUAGUUGUGAUAGUUUUAUUAUAUAAUUUUGCAAGUUUUUGGAAAAAUACCUAACAAGUUCUCCAUUGGAGUUAAGAAGUCCUGUGGUAGACAGACAUUGAGUUAUAUAAACAAACAUCUGUGUGCACUGACAAAUUUGUGUUUGUAUGCUUUUUUUAAAAUGCCAAUAAACAGGAUUAUAAAGUUAGCUGGAACAUCAUUGUUUCUGACCUCUAUACUUUAGGG